AUGCGGAAAACACUACAAAAGAGACACUCUUGGACGGACGAGGAGCUGAACAUCCUCUCAUACCUCCGAUACACUCGCCAUUGGCGCUUCAAGAAUAUCCAAACGUCCUACUUCCCAUCACUUUCUCCGAACGCACUCUUGGGAGCCUACUGGCGCCUGUCCACCGAAGACCGCAUACGCCGAGCAUCGAGGAUCACCACCUCAAUCAUCGCUCCUCGCAACACUGGAGAAAACCUCUCAGGUUCCCCCCAAGCUCAACCCACAUGUUCCAGUAUCGCAAAGGGGACAAGUUGCUAUCGCACUCUUGCUCGGUCGGAAAACAACAUUGAGACUUUGGCCUUCACCCCACCAAGCCCUUCGGGUGGAGGGGAUCCAUUCAUUUCCGACAACAGCAAUUCGAGUCGUUACAAACUCAGGCCAAACAGACCCUCAAUCUUCCCUCCAAGGAAGCCGGGAUAUCUUGUUGACCGACGCCGUUUCCCCCACUUCUUUAGAUCGUACAAGUACUCUCUCAAUCUACAAGGAGUCCCGGACAGCGACUAUACUCCUCCAUCUCGGAUGCCUACGCCAAGUUCAUCAGAUCGAAGCGUUUCCAUCGUCUCAAGUCUUCCCAGUGCCGCGUCAAGCCUUGAACUCUUUGGCUUGGAGCUCCGAGGAGCAUCCUUUGCCGACAUGACUGAAAUCACAAAGUUUGAGCAAUUCGGAAUCAAUACGUUCUAUAACGGAAUCCCAACAUUAGAUAAUGCCAGCGACUGGUUUCGGUGGAAUCAGAAGGUCAAUGAGUUCAUUCGGAUAUCUGCGGUUGCCGACGAUGGAGCGACUCCACCGAUAGAAGAGGAAGAAGCACGGCAAUGGAUUCACCGCCAAAAUUUCUAUUCUGCGAUGAUCACGGCAAAGCUGACACACAAUGCGGCGCAAAGAAUCAAUGCCUUUGAGAUUCCUCGAGUCCAAGUACUGCUUAAGGCAGUCAAGGAAAACUUCAAACCAGAAGGCUCAGGCACGUAUGUUAACCUCCAACGGCGAUACAUGGCCCUUACAAGAGACAAGUGUGGGAGCACUCAAGCCCUCGGAGCAGAGAUCAGGAAGAUCCAUGCUGAAAAACUCCUCCUUGACUCUGAUUGCUACGAGAGCUUCCGCGAUCAUAUCUUCCGGCAAAUGGACCUUGUCAAUGAAAGAGACGCAAAUGGGACCGUCACGAAAGCGGCGCCCACGUUUGACUAUAUCGAGAAUAAGGCAAUUGAGGAAGAGCAUAGGAAGGGGCAAUUGGGUAAACAAGCAAUGGAGACGCAAGCACUUCCUGCUCUUGCUCUAGUCCGUGGGCCAGGUGACAAGAAACUCAUCCCGUCGUCGGACGGAACUACUUGUCGAAUCGAGAUCGAUAACGUCCCAUAUUGCUCCUUCUGCCGAAAACCUUAUCACGUUGACUCCGAAUGUUUCACCAAGAAUCCGAAACAGAAACAGAAAGACGGAGAUGGACCGAAGCCAAAGCCAGGCAGGAUGCAUACGGGCACACGCAAACAGUUGAAGAAGCGGCCUUCGACGGAUGACGAGGAUGAUGAUGCCGGUGGUCCAAAGGAUCCAAAGAAACCAACUUUCAUGGCGACGAGAGUCUCCGAGAAAGAUGUCAACGAAGCAUUUGGAAACGAUAUCGAGGGCAAUUUCGCCCUGUCCGACCAUAUUCCCAUAAUGAUGGCGAUAAAAACCCUCUCUAUUCGCGACGCGUGGAUCGUGGAUAGUGGAUGCGCUCAGCACGUCUGCAAUAGUGCCUCGAGGUUUGUCCAAAUGGCCAAGUACCAUGGCCCCUCACUUACAGGCGUUGACGCCUCAACGGCUCCCUCAGGAGUGGGAACAGUGAAUAUCCUUUGCAAUGUACGCGGCAGAAAGAAAUGGCUUGUGCUUGAUAACGUCCUCUAUGUUCCAUCUGCACACGCCAAUCUCAUAUCGGUGCUCCAGCUUCUCAAACGAGGAGCAAAGGUCGAAUUCUCAAGCCGGAGUGCUAUCAUUCGCAACAAGUCAAACGAAAAGAAUCUAUAUACUGCCAACGAAUAUCAUGGAGUCUACGUACUCGAUCUGUGGACAAGUCUGACUUUUCCCUCUUACCAUGUUAGCCCGCAAAUGUCUCUGUGGCACAAUCGGCUUGCUCAUAUGAGUGAUGCAAAUCUUCGGCGACUCAAAAAGCAGGCUCACGGUGUUCGGGACAUGGAGCCACGUCAUCCAUGCAAUUCGUGUCUGCAGGGGCGAAUGAUCGAAAAACCCCACCGCAGAUCAGGAAAUAGCAGGAGAGGAGAACACGCAAUGGAGCUCCUCCAUAUUGACGUUGCAGGGCCAUUUGACGAGGGCCUUGACGGCAGUCGUUACUGGCUCACCAUCGUUGACGAUUUCACGGGCUGGAUCGAGAUUAUCCCUAUACCACGAAGACAAGAGUUCGUCAUAGAAUCACUACGGUUCUUCCUCGACCACAAUGAGCGCCCCGAACGAAAAUGCAGGCGAAUACGUCUCGACAGAAUAUCUGAACAUGUGGGAGACGAGAUGAAGUUCAUGUUGUUCUCGCGCGCAAUUCAAGCCGAGGUGACAGGAGUGGAUCAACACCAGCAGAACGGGGUCGCUGAAAGAGCCCACAAGACAAUUUAUGAUCGGGUUAGGCCUACCUUAGCACAUGCGAGGUUGCCGUCUACAUUCUGGCCGGAAAUUGCUCGAACCGCAGCGUUCCUCUCCAACCGGUCGCCGUCAUCGAAGCUCAACAUGACUCCGUACCAAGCGUGGUAUGGCGACAAGCCUGACCUAUCACGACUCAGAGUGAUCGGAUCCAAAGGGGAAUACUUGAUCCCGCCAAAGCAAAGAAAGAAGCUUACGGAUCCGCGAACAAGGCCAUGCAUUUUGCUAGGCUAUGAAGGAAAUACCAACUACCGUAUCCUCCUGGAAGACGGUAGAAUCGUUGGGACUCCAAACGCCGAAUUUCACGAAGUCCUUACAGCUCCCUCCACACAGACUAUAGAAGAUGUGGGAGCCAGACAAGACGGCUUACCUGAGGCAACGGCUGCUGCCGCAGGGGGGAGUGAGACGGUGGGACUAAUAAAUCAACCGUCGGUAGGCAUACGGCAAGCAUCCGUGCCUGCUUCGGGGCGCCAAUUGUCAAUGGCACCAUCGGAGCGGGCCCUACCUAAGCCGAGAAACGAUAUCUCGCAUAUACUGCCUCGGAGUAACGAUAACUCGCGAGUGCUUACCCAGCCGAGUAACGAUAACUCGCAAACCCCAGCGUCGUCUCAAUCGAGUAACGAAGACUCGCAGCCAGCUGUUACUGUACAGGGAGACAGGACCUUGUCGUCCAUACGGAGUGACGAUGCCCUCGGACCCCUAUCACCUGCUUAUCAGGAUUCUGUCCUUGGGAUUGACUCACCACCCGGUGGCGACCAGCAAGAAGACGACGCUCAACAAGGGCUAAGUUCAGGAGAAUGGCAACGAUAUCCAGAACUCCAACUUGAACUUGACAACCCAGUUCAUGAAGUGCAACAAGGAGCACUAGAUCAUCACCCUGAAAUGAAGAUUCGUGCUCCACAAGUCACACUAGACACGUCUGAUGAGAGCGAAGAAGAACUUGCACUAAUGAAUAUACCCGAAGAGAACAUCAUCCCAACACUCUUAACGGUAGCUGCAGAGGAAACAGAACCUUUUGAGCCAAAGAAUCUGCAUCAAGCGAAGAACGACACAAGCUGGCUCGAAUGGAAAAGGGCAAUGCUUGAAGAAGUGAACUCACUCAAGCAAAACAAAACGUGGGAGCUUGUUGAUCCCCCCAAAGACCGGCGAGUUCUCAGUGGAAAAUGGGUCUUCAAACUCAAACGAGGACCUCACGGCAAAGUACUCCGCCAUAAGAGCAGAUGGGUGGUGAGAGGCUUCACACAAGAAGACGGUAUUGACUAUGAUGAAACCUUUGCCUCGGUUGUCAAGCCAAUGAGCUACAAAGCCCUCUUCGCAAUCGGAGCGGCCCUAGACUUCGAGAUCGAGCAAGUGGAUGUCAAAACCGCAUUCUUGUACGGACAUAUAGACCACGAGAUCUACGUCGAACAGCCCCAUCGCAUGACGGAUGGCACUCCAAGGGUCUGCAAGCUUCGAAAAGCUCUCUAUGGAUUAAAGCAGGCUCCUCGCAUCUGGUACCAGACCCUCACGAACUUCCUGCGCAAUCUUGGCUUCGAGCCAAUCACCGCCGAUCUUGGUAUCUUCGUUCGGAGCAAUAUGUACAUCGCGGUAUAUGUUGAUGAUCUCCUGAUCGUGGGUCCGAGUAUCGCAGAGAUCAAGAAGAUCAAGCGGAGCCUAAGGAACCGUUUUCAGAUGACAGAUCUGGGCCCAUGCAGCUACUACCUUGGGAUAUCCAUCCAGCGGGACCGCCAAAACAGGAAACUGUCCCUCAGUCAAGAAGCAUACAUUGACAAGGUUGCUCAUCAAUUUGAUAUUGGCAACUGCGCUCCCAUCGGCACGCCGAUAGAAACCUCACCGCUUCCAGAGAACAGUCCAGACUAUACGUGCCCUCCAGAUCAGAGGACAUCUUACCAACGCAUGGUCGGAUCUCUGAUGUACAUUAUGCUUGGAACCAGGGGGGACAUCGCGUACGCAGUCUCUGUGGCGAGUAGGUCUCUGGCAAAUCCUGGGCCCCAACACAUAAAACUCGCUCAACGCAUCCUGCGGUACCUCAGAGGAACCAAGAGCCUCAGACUCGCGUACAAGGGUCAGCCUCAGAAACUGAAAGGCUUCACAGAUGCAGAUUGGGGAGGAUGUCGUGACACGAGCCGAUCAACAGCUGGGUAUCUCUUCAAUAUUGGAAGUGGGGCCAUCAGUUGGCAAUCGAAACGCCAGGGCAUCGUUGCCCUCUCAACGUGCGAAGCCGAAUUUCUAGGGCAGACACAAGCCACCAAAGAAGCAGUCUGGUUGAGAAGGCUUCUCAACGAAUUGAAUAUGAAUCAAGGAUUAAACGCCACGAUCAUCUGCGGGGAUAACCAAGGGGCCAUUGCUCUCUCCUCGAACCCACAAUACCACUCUCGCACAAAACAUAUGGAAAUCCAACGCAAGUGGCAGGGAGAGGUCCAAGACAACGGAACAGUGAAGCUCAAAUAUAUCCCAACCACAGAACAAAUUGCUGAUGGGUUCACCAAACCCCUUGCUCGGGAAAGAUUUGAGUGGUUUCGGAAAGGGCUUGGCGUUGAGUGA